CCCACCGCAUGCGUUCGUCGAGUAUAUAACUCCAUCUGAUGUCAUGACGAACCCCUUGCAACUCCCUGGAUGCCUAAAUAUCAUCUCAUAUCUCUCCAGUCCAGUCAAUCUUUCUGGUGCAUUGAGCAUCACUUGACUUGUCUUAACGUCGAUCCGGUGCAGUUGAAAUCAUGAAGUCGUAUAUACACUACGCCGUGCUCCUCCUUGCAGCUCCCUUGGUGACCGCGAAGAAGACCAACCUGCAAUGGGCGAUAUGUGAUUCAGACCCUCAAACGGUUCUUCGAAAGCUGGGACUGGGAACACCCGACCCUUACAAGGAGAAUCCGAUCACCUACUAUGACACAAACCCCCCGGUCUACAUCUCCGAUGGCCUCAUGUUCCGCACCAAGACCUCGAAAGGCGAAAACAUCUCCACGGUGAAAGUACGAUUCCAGCAGGAAACCUCCGAUGUCCCUGACUGCGCUGAGUGUGUUUGGGAUCGCUACGGCGAAAAUCCCACGUAUACCUGCGAGAAGCGAUGUCCCUUGCAAGAACCUAGCAUCUGGUGCGACCAACAAAUCGAGCUCGCGGAGCAUUACGAAAAUGUCAACUGGGAGGGGCUUACGAAUUAUGGCCCGUAUCAGAAUGCCAAGUGGAAGAUACGGAUCGAAGGUUAUAAAGCCAAGUUCGAUGACGUCGCUGCCGGCUCGCUACACCUAAUGGAAAUCGAGGCCAAAGUGCCAAAGCAGGAGGUAGAUAAGGCUUAUGAGGUAGUGACGCAACACUUAGAAAGCCGUGGGAUUGUAUUGUGUGACCCGCAAGAAGGGAAAACUGCCAGGCUUUUUCGCGCUCUGGGUUAUAUUGAGGAUAGGAAAGAUGAUCUUUAGAGAACGGUCGUUGGUUUCGUACUUUGUCUCUGCCUUGGAGGUUCUCUAGGAUGGUGUAUUGGUGGUAUAGGGGAG